AUGGACUCGUUCAAUGUUAAUUUUUUUGAAUGUCCUCUCUCCACGUACUGGCCUUGCAAAUCGGGUGCCAGCGAAUUCACACGUAUCGCAAAGUCAAUACAAAAGGACAUCAACAACACCUUCGGGAAAUUAGAGAAGCUCACGCUGCUAGCCAAGAAAAAGAAUAUGUUUGAAGAUCGGCCUGUUGAAAUUCAGGAGUUGACAUACAUCAUCAAACAGGACAUAGCCAACCUCAACAACCAGAUAUCACGGUUACAACAAUACCAGCUAUCAAAGACGCGCGGCAUGGCCCAAACACAGAGCAAUUCUAAUUCAGUCGUGGUAAUUCUACAAAGCAGAUUGGCUGCUAUGUCAAGCGGAUUUAAGGGUGUGCUAGAGGAGAGGACCAAGAAUAUACAACAUCAACAACAAAGGCGUCAACAGUUUAGUGGCUCCACUGGACCCCCACAGCAGCUCAGCUUUGCCCCAGCACCUCCUGCUGACUCAUCCGGUGGGCACUACGGAAAGGAUCACCUCAGGCAAAGACAAGGUGUACAACAGGAGGAAUCACAUGCAAUAGAAAUGGGAGGUCCUGCAGGACCCAGCACACAGCACGCGUCGUACCAACAGAUGCAACUGCAGGAUAAUCAGGGCAGUGCCUACAUGCAGGAUAGAUCGAACGCUGUGGAUAGUAUCAACAAGACUAUCGCUGAAUUGGGUGGUAUAUUCACGCAACUGGCGACACUGGUGCAUGAACAAGGACAAAUGGCUGAGCGCAUCGACACAAAUACAAUGGACGCAGAGCUUAACAUAGAAGGUGCCCACAAUGAACUUUUGAAGUACUUUAACUCGGUGUCGAGCAACCGUUGGCUGAUGAUCAAGAUCUUCGCCGUUAUAAUAGUUUUCUUUGUCAUAUUCAGUCUCUUUCUCGCUUAA